GUUCGCCCGCGGUCUCCGAUGCAGACGUUGUCGAUAUGGCAGCCGCGGGCUUCGAUACAGACGUUGUCGCUGUCGAUAUGGCAGCCGCGGGCUUCGAUGGAGACGUUGCCGCUGUCGAUAUGGCAGAAGCAUGUCAGUGCAGUACUCUCUCGAUUGCAGACUCAUCUCGAGUAUAUGACCAAAGAUCUUGGAAAUCGUCAAUCAUAUCCUCACGUCCGGUUGUUGGAAAUUCAUCUCUGCGAGACUCGGUGUAGACUUAUUCGUCUUCAUUUGUGCGGAGCUCUCCUCAGUUUUCACAAAGUCUGGGUCUAGAUUCGAGCUCGGCAACUUGCACGCUGGGAUCAUGUUUGCAUUGAAAGCGAAGCUUGACAUGGAGGAAGACGCUGAAUCUAUGGAGAGUAAAGCGGUCAAGGAUGACAGUUCAUCGGACUCGGACUGGGAGUCAUCUGAGACUGAUAAUAUACCCCUCUCACACUUCUUGACGGAAGGUUCUAGCAGGAUCAAUCGCAGGAGAGCAGUACUGAACACUUCCCCAAAAGCAAAGUCGGAGGAGCAUGACACUGAGAUCAUUAGUCUGCAAGGGAAAAGAAAGACCAAACCUAGGAGUCAAAGGAGAUAUAACAGAAACCCUCCGUCUGAUUAUCUCCGAAGAACACGAAGUAUGCCUAUGCAGAUAUCCAAGACAUCUGAACCUGAUCUUCCGGAGUCGGAAUCAUAUCGAUUGACUUCAUCCGUACCAUCGCCAACAAAGACAAGCACAGUCAGUGAAUCUGAUGAAGAAUCUGACGAUGAUAAGGUGGAGUUGAAGAGAAAGAAAGAAGCACGUUUGCCUCGUUCAACCGUACAAAUGUUACCCAAAUUUCGUAUUGCAUUGAGCAAGAAGGAAAUACGAGAGGAUUGGUUGAAGAUGACUGGUUCUAAACUGGAUGGACAGUUGAGACGAGUAUCAAAAGUGCCAAAGGGCAUGGAGCUUUGCAAGUCCCUCACAAAUCCACAAACAAUGACAUAUAUCCUUGAUGAUUGAGUAUAAUGAAAGAAUGAUGCACGUGUUAUCACCAUGCUUCAUGCAUAUUACUCAAUCUAUCAAGAAGGAGAUGUAUGAUGGACAAUUUAAAGCAGAAACUUCAGAAUACAUGAAAACAGCUCAUGCAGUAAAUCUAUGCUACUCGGGAAUCAUUGAUCAUGUUCUAUACACGAAUGGAGAUCAUGUAGAUAAUUAUUGAUGUUGCGUACAUCGUUGAGCAUAUGGAAGUAAUUUGGUAGAAAACAUGUACAGGAGGUUGCAACAAAUGCUUAGUUAUUUUAUUCAGCUUUCAUUCUCAAACUUGUAUGAAUGUGUCCAAGACUU